AUGAGUGCUCCGGACCUAGAGCAUCGACCUGUCAAGAAGAGGCGCUUCUUCGUGGACGAUCCAGAUGAUGUCUCGCCUCAGGAUGCACCCAACAUACCCUCUGCCGCUAGCUCCAGUAGACCCUCGUCGUCGACCUCCACGAUCAACCCCUCAAAGUCAAGCGAGACCGAUGCGACAGAUUCAGGACCGCUUGGGCCGACUGAUCUUUCCGCCAGAUUCGACGUAAAGACCUUUGCAGCUUUUAUAGGUGAAGAUGUUCCCAUCGACAAGCUACAGAAAAUCCGUCAUGCGGCUGGAGACGAUAUGGAGCGAGCCAUAAACAUGUACUUAGACGGCUCAUGGAAGGUUGCUGCCUCCUCCGUCGAGACGGUGCGAAAGGUUGAUCCUACCGCUGGUCAACCUUCCGUAGGCGUGUCCGAUUCCGGAGGUUCGAACUCAGCUGAAAGACGGAAGAGCUCUCCCCAUCGGCUGCAACCCGGCGAGUCCCCCGUUUCAGCAGCACUGAAAGUGAUGCCAAAGGAGCGUUACGUAGGAGCAUUUGGCGUGGGUGCAUGGUCUACCAAGAGUGGCACGGGAUUGAUUUCCCAUGGCGAGAAGGUCCGUAUCGAAAGGUCAAAAAUAGCACCAAAGACGAAACUUGGAAGAGGAGGAAAGGUUAUACAAGUCAUUCCAAGAACUCAGAAGUCGGACGUUGUGACUAGGUUUACAAAUUCCCGAGGACAAGAGGUUGGUCGGCUGCCGGAGGAGACAGCGAAAUGGGUCUCCACCCUGCUCGAUCAGAAGCUUUGCAGACUAGAAGGCGCUUGUGUCUAUGCACCUGAUAGGCUUCGGGUGAAUGACACGAUCUACUUACAGCUGAGAUGUUAUUUCCUACGAACAGCCUUUGAGGGUGGGGCGUUUUUGCGGCCAAACAAUGACAACAGAGCCACGGGAAUAUUUGAGGAAAAGGAAAGCCGUGAGGAAAAGGAUCUGCGACUGCGGCAGGUCGCACUGGUCAAACUCUUUGAUGAGAUCAACCUUCACCCAACAACCACGAACGAGAUGAUGUCGAGGCAUAAAAAGGAUGGAAUACUCAAGGCGGCGGAAAUGGCGGAGCAGUACGACAAGGAAAAGCCAAAGAAAUCCAGAGAAGACGGCGCCUCAUCCCCGCCAUCAGAAGACGAGGAUGGCCAAGAGCUUGAGGAAGAUCAAUUGAAUACACUCUAUCAAAAAGCACAGUCCUUUGAUUUCAGCAUGCCAGAAGCUGAGCCUGCUGACACUUUUGCCUUGAGCUUGCGUAAAUACCAAAAACAAGCAUUGCAUUGGAUGUUAAGCAAAGAAAGGGACAUAAAAUCAUCAAGGCAUGAUUCUAUGCAUCCCCUCUGGGAGGAAUAUCAAUGGCCCAGCAAGGAUGUCGACGACCAAGAUCUCCCUACUGUGGAAGGUCAAGCCCAGUUCUACGUCAACCCUUACUCUGGCGAGAUCAGUCUCGAGUUUCCCGUGCAGGACCAGAAUUGCCUGGGUGGUAUUUUGGCCGACGAAAUGGGUUUGGGCAAGACGAUCGAGAUGUUUAGUCUGAUACAUUCUCAUCGAUCGGAUGUCGCGAUGGCUGCAAGUGGAGCAGCAAUCACAAGUGUCAACAGCCUGCCACGACUCCCGCAUACUUCGUCAGCUGUUGAGCCUGCUCCCUGCACUACCCUGGUUGUAGCUCCUAUGUCGCUCUUAGCGCAGUGGGAAAGUGAAGCUAGUAAGGCAUCGAAGGCAGGCUCUAUGAAGAGUCUUGUCUACUACGGCAAUGAUAAAACAGCGAAUCUGCAGAGCCUGUGCUGCACAGCCAAUGCUGCCUCGGCACCCAGUGUGAUCAUAACAAGUUAUGGCACUGUUCUUUCAGAAUUUAACCAGGUCGCAGAUCUGGCUGGCAAUAGAGGCUCACAUGGUGGCCUCUUCUCGGUUGAGUUCUUCCGCAUCAUACUCGACGAGGCUCACACAAUCAAGAACCGGCAGUCCAAGACGGCAAAGGCUUGCUAUGAGAUUGAGGCAAAACACCGUUGGGUUUUGACGGGUACACCGAUUGUCAAUCGCUUAGAAGAUCUCUUCAGUCUUGUCCGUUUCCUCAAAGUCGAGCCUUGGAGCAAUUUUUCUUUUUGGAAGACUUUUAUCACGGUCCCAUUUGAGCAGAAAGAAAUUGCUCGGGCCAUUAAUGUUGUGCAAACAGUACUUGAGCCAUUAGUUCUGCGACGCACAAAGGACAUGAAGACACCCGAAGGAGAGGCACUUGUGCCAUUGCCUCCUCGUACAAUUACUAUUGAGGAGAUUGAGCUGUCAAGGCCAGAAAGGGAAGUCUAUGAUUUCGUCUUCAUGCGUGCGAAGCGCGCUUUCAACGCCUCGCUUGAGGCAGGUACUCUGCUGAAAUCGCUAUUGUCGCAGACGAGGAAGAUGCGGCAGCAUGAUAUGGAUUUGCAGGAGUUGAUAGAUCGUUUCACAGCUACAACGACAUCAGCGGAAAGUGAGGGUGCUUGGACAACACAAGACUCAGCUCUGAAUUUCACGACCCACGCUCUUCGCCAGAUCCAGACCGAAUCUUCUGGCGAAUGUCCUAUAUGUGCUGAAGAACCAAUGAUUGAUCCUGCGGUUACUGCUUGCUGGCAUAGUGCAUGCAAAAAGUGUCUGGAGGAUUACAUUGAGCAUCAAACUGGUAAGGGCGAGAAACCAAGAUGCUUCUCCUGUCGAGAGACAAUCAACCCUCGUGAUGUCUUUGAGGUCGUGCGUUACGGUUCUGCUCUGUCAGCAAGCGCAUCGCCAGCAUCUUCGACCUCAUCAGAUGACCUCUACACCUCCGCAACCCCGGUUGAGGAUUCAUCCGUAUCAAAACCGCGCAUUUCUCUCCGCCGUCUCAAUCCUCUUUCACCCUCUGCCAGCACAUCAGCCAAAAUCGCCGCUCUAACCAAGCACCUUGUGGCACUUCCAAGCACCACAAAGUCAGUGGUCUUCUCACAAUUCACAUCCUUUCUCGACCUCAUUGCCCCUCACCUCUCGCGUAACAAUCUGACGCACCUCCGCUUCGAUGGCUCCAUGUCCCAGAAACAACGCGCACAAGUAUUACGGGCAUUCAACGCCGAAGACGCCUCGGCACCUCGAAUCCUUCUCCUCAGCCUCCGUGCAGGCGGCGUGGGCCUGAACCUCACGGCAGCAAGCCGCGUCUUCAUGAUGGAUCCAUGGUGGAGCUUUGCCGUAGAAGCCCAGGCAAUUGAUCGUGUACAUAGGAUGGGACAAACCAACGAAGUUCAUGUGACACGGUUUAUCGUCCAGGAAAGUAUUGAAGGAAGGAUGUUGAGGGUUCAGGAUCGGAAGAUGGCAGUUGCGGGCAGCCUGGGGGUGGGUCAGUCUCAGGGUGAAGGGGGCGAGGAAGAGAAGAAGCGGAGGAGGAUUGAAGAGUUGGAAAUGCUGUUGGGCUGA